AUGUCGGAACUGCACGAUGCGCUAGCAUGCCUGCGCCCUAAGGAAUUUAGCGAUGUACCAAUCGACAACCUCAAGUCCUUCCUCCCAGAGAUUCUCGCAAAUGCAGAGCUCAUCGCGAACUCGGUCCCACCGCCGCCCAAUGGCACGCCCUACGAAGCCGCGCAGCGCACGCGGACAGACUCGCGACCAGCUGCCAAUGCCGCAGAUCUGACCAUAUCUCAAGUACGGCGGCCACCACCAGCCAAAGCACACGAGGCGCUGCAGAAGUCAUGGGGAAAGCCGGUGAAACUGGGAGCGAAGGAGACGGCUACGGGCAUGAGCGUCUACAAGAUGGCAGGACAUGACAGACAUGGCGCGUGGUUUGCACGGUCAAGUGUACAUGAAGGACUAGGGUUCACCAAGUGGAAGGAGUGCAUGCAGAAAGAGUUCCCAGAGAGCUUGGAAGUGCAAGGUGGACCUGGAGAGGGCAACGUGCGGGGCAUUGGCGGCGACCAGAGGCUUGAACAGAUGAAUGUGGACGGCAUUGGAAAGCUGGAGGUGUACCAACUAUCCGCUCAAUUCCCUGGACCUACGUCCCCGCGAGAGUUCAUCACGCUACUCAUCACCUCUGAGACCUGCCUCACAGAUGCGUCCAAAGUCGGCAAUGCGGUACCGCGGCACUACAUGGUCGUCUCGAUACCGGUCUCACAUCCCGACGCACCGCCCAGAAACGGAAUGGUCCGCGGAUACUAUGAGAGUAUCGAGAUGAUCUCUGAAAUUCCGCUUGCCGGAGCAGAGGACCCAGAGUCGAAUCCUGUGCAAUGGACAAUGGUAACGCGAAGCGACCCUGGUGGCGGCAUACCGCGCUUCAUGGUCGAAAGAAAUGUCCCCAGCAGCAUUGUGCAGGAUGCUGUCAAGUUCCUGGACUGGGCCUGUGCAAAGACCGAUGUUAACGGUGAAGAGAUCGCGGACAAGGAUGGUGCUUCAAGCGCAUUGCGAGUGCAAGAAUCAGAGCAAGAGCGAAGACGCUCGAUCGCAGAUCUGAAUGGCAUAGGUGCAGGAGUUGGAACAAGCAUAGUUGAUCAGCCCUCGAUCAGCACAAAGCGUGCAUCGAUGCGAGCUGAGAGCGAGACCAGCGCUCCACCCGCCGAAGGUUGGAUAGCUUCGAUCAGAGACACAGUAGGCGGCUACGUUCCCGAUGCUCUCAACCCACUACAACGCACAACCUCGAGCAGCUCGUCUUCAUCUUCAUCAUCGAUAGAAUCAUUUGCUUCAGCCGAGCAAUUCAACACAGCUAUGGAGGGCGGCUUACCCGUUACUGACGACAUAGCUACUCCGUCCACUAUAUCACAACCAGAGCUACCAGUUAUCGACGACAGCCCCCAUGGCCGCAAACUGCAAGAGAUAGAGGACAAGAAGAAACAAAUGCGAGAGCGACUUGAUCAAGCGCAAGAAAAACAAGCCAAAGAUCUCGCCACCGAAAACAACAAGACGCAAAAAGAAAUCGAAAAAGCCGCCGAGAAACACACCCGCGAGCGCAAAAAGCACGAAGACAAAUUCGAAAAGGAAAUUCGCAAACUCGAGGAGCGCCGCGAGAAGGAAACUAAGAAACUUCUCGCUCGCCAGCAGAAGGAGGCGGAUAAGAACCACCUCCUCAAGGCCCAGCGCGAGCGCGACGAGAAUAAACAGAGAGGCGAUAUUCUCGAGCAGGAGAACAAGCUGCUGAAAGAGCAGAUUGGCGAGUUGCAGAGGGAGAAUACGGCGCUCGUGGCGCGCCUGGGGAAGACGGAGUUGGGAAAGGAUAUACUGAAAGCUGUUAAGCAGGAAGAUCUGACCGGAAGGCCGAGGGCGAGUUCGAGUAGUUCGAGGAAGAGCGCAAAAUCUGCGAAGUCGAGGGGAGAGACCCUAUCCAUCAGCGCCAUGUCUUACAUUUCCACGUCCGACCUGUAUCCACGGAAGAUUCUUGUGCUGAAGGUUGUGUCUCCAGCAAACUAUUCUCCCAAAGGUGUGCUGUCUUGGCAUAUGACGUGUUGAGCCGAGUAUCGGACCUUUUUUCCCCAACACAGAAUUAUCAGAUCGAAGUGGGAUGAGGCGUUAAACCACCUGACACCAAGUUGAAGGAAAUACCGAAGAAAACAAACGCAAAGAGAAGGGAAAGCAGAAACCGGAGUCAACCCCAAGGGGUCAAAAAAUUCGCUUUUAGAAAGAGCUCGGAAUUCCCACUGCGCACAUUCAAACCUUCACCCCCACCAAGCGCAUCUUCUGCACAGCAUCAACAACAAUCAUGUCUUCAACCGAAAACCCAACAUACAUCACCACCGCCGAACAUCCGCAGUCCUCAUCUCCGGGCCCCAUAAAACCCACUCUCCUCGCCUUCCAUGGCUCGGGGAGUAAUGCAACGGUACACACAGUCCAACUCGCCCGUCUGAUGCGCCUGCUUAUGACCGCAUUUCGACGUCGAGAGCCUGGAAGCGCCCUUCGCCUCCCCCGCGGGCCCAGGCGUCCUGCCCUUCUUCGACGGCUGCGGCCCUUUCUACCGCUGGCUGCCCCCCUCGCAGAAAAUCACCCUCGAGUCCAUGCGCGCGCAGUCGUCCACCUCGGAACUCGCCCCCGAAGUAGAGGCGCUGAUCAAGAGCACCGUGCAGCGC